ACCCCCGUGUUGCCGCGUACCGCGCACAGAGCGGCGCGUAGGUAUACGUACACACUAGGCGUCUAUAUUUUAUAUCCGGUGUACCCGAGUUGUCGCUAGGGCGCAGACUCGAGCCAAUCGGGGUCGGCCGGCUCGCCAGUUACUUUUCGCGAUUCACCGUGGCCGCUCUUCCGCGGCGCAGGUAGACGAACGAACGGCAGUCAGUUAGUCAGUCAGUCAGUCAGUCAGUUAGUUAGUUGAUGAGAUGAAAAGGAAGGAUGUAAGACGAUUGUCGGCGGAGUAAGAAAAGAAGAGGCAGAGGGUAGGAAGAAGGAAAGGAAAACGCGACAGGAGGCGAAAAGGGAUGAAAACUGUAGUUGUAUAAGAGGAACGAAAAGAAGGCAAGAGGCGGGUGGAAAACACGAAAAGUGCAGACAGAUAAGGAGAGCGGGAGGGAGAGGGAGUGAGAGAGAGAGAGAGAGAGGUCAUAGGUGCUGGCCCCCCGUACCGCCGCAUUCGCCGCACAAAAGCACAACUUGCGCACUGUUGCGCCGCGUUACCAAGCUACUGCGCGAGCAACCGAACUGUGCCGCGCGGCCACCCCUGCCGAGCAGUCGAGUGCUUUCGUGCGGAGUGUUUACGUCGUCGCGCGGGUAAACACACACGUUGUCGUGGCUCUCGCGCCCUCGCACAGCUCGCUCUCUGUGUCCCACGCAUCUCUUUCUCUUCCCUCCGUCGGCGUGAAUCAGCUGGAACGCCAAACACUUCAUCCCUCGUGCGAACGUGAGAGGAACCACCUCGUGGAGUUCCGACCUCGUGAUCGAGUGCUACUGAAACUACGAGUACUAUUUGAUACGGUGAAAUACGGUUCGAUCUGCCGGGCUAUCGAACUCUCCUCCGAUCGCUGCCAAUCUACGAAUCGUACGUAGAGGCAAGACGCUGGCGCUCACUUAUGUCAAUUCGCGACACCUUAGACAAUCGUUCUGGAAUUUACGUGAAUUCGUUUCGGGAGUUCGUAAAUCUCGCGUUUCGGACUUUAUCGCGUCGCAAUAGUCACGCCGGAGUGGCGCGCUCGCGAGGAAUUGGGAGAUUAGGAUCGCUGGCUCGGGGGAUUCGCUAAAGCGACGGGGUGGAGAAGCGGCGCGCGGGUACCGUGACAGUGCAGCAGUGUGCGACGAAGGCCUGCAACGAUACGUGACUGUCUUAACCCCCCUCCUCCCCCUCCCCGCUCUUAACCGCCCUCCUCUCUUUGUGCUUAUACAUGUACGUCGAUGCUCCGAGCGGAAACUCUCUCACGUCGCCGCGAAUUGAACCUGCCUGAAUAAGGAGACGGAUGAAGGAGAAAGACGGAGAAAGAGACGUUGAUCUCGUCACCGUGAAGCACUGGAUGUUACUACGUCAUCGCGAAACGAGGCGUACGUGUGCGGACGUACGUACGUAGUCGUCUUCGUCGUCGUUGUCGUCGUUUGCGCCUGGCGUAAACUCGCGCGGCAAAGUGACUACCCCGGAGUGCAGCGGUGAUAAGAAGAUACAGCCACGCGACGUGAUCGUUAGCAUAAAUGACAAGCGCAGCCAAGGCAUCGAACUGAGAACGAUUUCUGAUCUAUCCAACGGAAACAACAAUAGCUCUGCUGAAUACGCGGACGCUAAUAAGCAGAUUCUGACUACUAGUCUGACGUGUCACUAUGCUGCAGUGAUGGACAGCGAGGGCACAUUGGGCCGCGGUCAUGCAAAUGGGGGCCGUGGGCUGCGCCGUCAGCGGUCCCUGGAAUGGAGAGAACGGCGCGGUUACGGAGCCGGUGCCCAAUCCAGUAGCGAUGAUGAAGAUAAUGCACGUCACACAGUGACGGGGCCCGUGUCGAGUUCAUCCGUUGCAAGGGGCGCUCGUAGUCCCGGUCAAGUCUUUGCCUCCAUUUUGGCGCAACAAUAUGGCAAUGCGGGAGACAGAUCGUACCGUACGGGAUCCGACACGGAAGGCGCAGCAACUACGGACAACCCUACAACGCCAUUUCCUACGCCGCCCCCAACCUUGACACCGAAUCAUCGGCAAGCUUCUCCGUUUCCCCUCGAAAGCACAAACUCUCGCCGGCAUCAUUAUAACGGCAGCAUAUCUUCCGAGAGAUCUCGCAACGGCAAUGGUGAGACCGUUUACGCGGCGUCCACAAAAAAGACGACUUCCGGCGGCGGUACCUUAGGUCGAAGAACACGCCGAGGUCACGCAAGCGCCUUGAGCAGUAGCUCCACCGCGAGCGAUCGUUCUGAAACCGUCUUCCCCGAUGAACACACUCGCAUGCAUCUCACCAAUGGUCUACCCAGGCCUAUUUAUCUCACAGAUACCGGUAGAGAUUCUCCUCCGGAACCCGCGCCACCAGAAGUACCGCCGCGUGGACCGUCUUUACACGCAACGCAUACUUUACGUACGCAACAAAACCGAAAUGGUUGCCCACCGAACACAUCGGGCAGUUUCACUGUGCCAAGUGAUCAAAUGCCGACCGAGACGUAUUCGGAGUACUUGAUGUCAGGAAGUCCACGGAGUUAUCCAGCACGAUCCCCGGGGGUCGCUUCCACGCCAACCGUGACCAGGCUUCCGCCACCGCAACAGCAGGUGACGGUAGGUUCUCUGGGCGGCGGUUUAGGCGGCGCCGGAAAUGGCGGUACCGCCACGGUAGGCGCGCAAGGCCAAGCCAUGGUGAUGCCAGGUUUUCCGCUUCGCGCCGCAGCAGUGCCGCACUACUCCCCGUAUUCGCCGUCGCGCUUUCACAUCGACAAACGCUGUCAGCACAGGUGCUCCUGGAAAUGCUUCUCGAUCGCCCUGAUCCUUCUGGCUGUGGCGCUUACGGCGAUGCUGGCGUACUUCGCUGCAGUGAGCUCCAUGCGUCCGAUAGACAGCACUAACUGCAUUCUGGUUCAAGAUAUCAAGGCUGUCACUCACGAAAACGCACACAUCCACGACUCGAUAUCCACGCAGAUCCCCACAGAAGAAUCUCUGCCUACGAGCACGGCGGAACAUUCGAGCGCCGCGGAUAGCGCCGGCGAUCAGCAGAGCGACCCGCAGAUCCAACAAUCGGCGCAGCAAUGGCCGGCCGUGCUCGAGCUGCAGGCCUACAACGUCGCGCAUUCCGCCGUCAUUCAACCGUACCACUUCUGGAACACGGAGUUCCGCAACAAGCAGCCGGCGUUCAUCAGGCUGAACUUGACCCUACCGUGGGGCGCGAAUUUCGCGGUGUACGGCAGACGGAACGUCGCGCCCAGCGUCACGCAGUACGAUUUCGUGGAAUUUGUGAAGGGUGGCAGGGUGGUCCACAGGCUGAAGAGGGACAUCACCGCUGUCAGUUUUAUGCAGGCCAGUAGCCCGCAGGACGUCAGCGUGGAGCGCGCGGCACCAGUCGCGCCUUAUCAACACGUGCUCAUCAAGAGGAAUGUCGUGGAGCCACUGAUGGUCAACGUCAGUCUGCUGCAGUACUUCGACACCGGCGACUGGUUCCUGUCCGUGUAUAACGACGAGUUGCAGCCUUACAAGGUUACCCUGGUCGUGACGGAAGCCGAAGGUGUCUCCACUACGUGUCCCAAUGACUGCUCCGGACGUGGCUCGUGCUAUCUUGGCAAAUGCGACUGUAUAGACGGAUAUCAGGGUGCUGAUUGCAGCAAAAGCGUAUGUCCGGUUUUGUGUUCUUCUCAUGGACAAUACGGCGGUGGUAUGUGCCACUGCGAGGAGGGCUGGAAAGGCGCGGAGUGCGACAUACCGUUAGGUGACUGCCAAGUUCCUGAUUGCAAUCAGCAUGGUCAGUGCGUUAGAGGAUCCUGCGUCUGUAAUCCCGGCUGGAAGGGCGCUUUCUGCGACGAACCCGACUGCGCCGAUCCGAACUGCAGUGGCCAUGGCGCCUGUGUCUCCGGCAAAUGUUACUGCAAGGCCGGCUGGCAGGGCGAGCGGUGCAAUCAGGUCGAUCAGCAGGUGUACCAGUGUCUGCCCGGCUGCUCCGAUCACGGCACGUACGACCUCGAGUCUGCGGCCUGCGUUUGCGAGGAGCACUGGACUGGGGUCGAUUGCUCGCAGCCAAGUUGCGGUCUCGACUGCGGACUUCACGGAUCCUGCGAGCAGGGCCGAUGCAAAUGCCAUGACGACUGGACCGGAACGAAAUGCGAUCAAAAACCAUGCGAUACGCGUUGCGCCGAGCAUGGCCAAUGCAAAAAUGGCACCUGCGUAUGCAGUCAAGGAUGGAAUGGGAGACAUUGCACGUUACCUGGAUGCGAGAAUGGAUGCAGCCGCCACGGAUUGUGCACUCUACAGGAUGGCGAAUAUAGUUGCGAGUGUUCAACCGGGUGGGCGGGCAGAGAUUGCAGUAUACGACUCGAAUUGGAAUGUAAUGAUUACGUUGACAAUGACGAAGAUGGCAUGAUGGACUGUUCUGACAGUGAGUGUUGCUCGCACGAAGCUUGCUCAGAACAUAUCAUGUGCCUUGCUAGUAAUAAUCCCGUGGACGUUCUCCUUCGAAAACAACCGCCCAGCGUCACAGCGUCCUUCUACCAGCGAGUGAAAUUCCUCGUCGAGGAGAACAGCGUACAGAGCUACGCCCACAUGGACGAGUACACGGAAAGUCGAGUUGCGGUGAUGCGAGGCCAAGUUGUUACCGAACAAGGACUCGGAAUAGUAGGCAUCAGAGUGUCCGUGGACAGGGACUCGCGCUUCGGAUUCACCUUGACCAGAGCAGAUGGAUGGUUCGACGUCCUGGUCAAUGGCGGAGGCGCCGUGACGCUUCAAUUCCAGCGCAGCCCCUUCAAACCUCUCACGAGGACCGUCUUCGUACCUUGGAAUCAGAUCGUGGUCCUGCCGCCCGUUGUGAUGAUCCUCAGCAAGGAAGGCGAAUCGUAUAAAUCCAACCAGCCGCCGAGCCCGGCAGUUGGCUUCCCAGGGAUUUCGAUGGGACUCUUUAGCGAGCACGGUCCGUGCCUGGAGCACGAUCAUGAGACGCUACGGCCAAUUAUCGUUAGCACCUGGAUGCCGGAAAAAGUUGGUGGUUUGCCUGGAAAGAGCUUGGUCUUUGCUGAGAGUCAAAUCGUGCAGGAAAGCAUCGCUAUUCCGGGCUCCAAUCUCCACUUGAUGUAUCAAAGCAGUCAGGCUGCGGGCUAUCUCUCUACCGUGAGGAUGCAACUGACCGGGCCGUUCAUUCCGAAAUCGCUGACGCACGUACACGUGCACGUGGAGAUCGAGGGCUCGCUUCACACGAAAACGUACGAGGCCGACCCGAAUCUGACGCACACGUUCGCCUGGAACAAGAGAAACGUUUACAAGCAGAAGGUGUACGGCGUGGCACAAGCGAGGAUCUCGAUCGGCUAUCAGCAUUCCACUUGUCCGUCGGUGAUAUGGGAGACGCAGACGGCCACUUUGCAAGGAUUCGACGUCGAUAUCUCCGAUAUCGGCGGCUGGGGACUCGAUAUCCAUCACCAUUACAACUUCCACGAGGGGAUCCUGCAGAAAGGCGACGGCUCCACUCUACAUUUCAAACAGUAUCCGCGCACUGUAAAAGUGGUUAUGGGCACCGGCCUCCAGAGAAGUUUGGUGUGUCAGAGUUGCGACGGUCUUGCUAAAGACGCCAGACUCCUGACGCCGGUGGCAUUAGCCAGUGGACCUGAUGGCAGUAUAUACGUCGGAGACUUCAAUCUCGUACGCAGAAUUACGCCCGAAGGAAAGGUUUACACCGUCCUGAUCUUGAGUGCGACUCAAGUGGCGUAUCAGUAUUAUCUGUGCAUCUCGCCGGCUGACGGACACUUGUACAUCAGCGAUCCGGAGAAACAUCAGAUAUUGAAGGCCCUCUCGUUGGAACAAGUCCAAGAUCCCAGUAUUAAUAUCGAGCCUGUUGUUGGAAGCGGCGAAAGAUGUAUUCCAGGUGACGAGGGCCAUUGUGGCGACGAGGGUCCGGCCAUUCAUGCAAAAUUGGCUCAUCCUAAAGGAAUUGCAAUCGCAGCUGAUAAAACAAUGUACAUUGCCGAUGGAACGAACAUUCGUGCUGUCGACCCUCGAGGUAUCAUACACACGCUCGUAGGACAUCAUGGUCAUCAUAAUCAUUGGUCACCCGCUCCCUGUAUUGGAGCCAUUCCCGCGCAUCAGGCUCAGUUACAAUGGCCCACUGGAUUAACCCUGAGCCCAUUAGAUGGAUCCUUACACUUCAUCGACGAUAGAUUAGUGUUGAAACUCACCAGUGACUUGAAAGUGCGCGUGGUUGCUGGUACGCCUCUUCACUGUACCAGUAACGCAAACACCAAUAGCAAUGGCAAUGACGAACUUCCGAAACUGAAUUCGUCUCUAACGAUAAAUUCGAAGAAACCAGACGAGGUUUUAGGAUCCGUGUUGGCCGUCGGUUUCAGUCCAACUGGUGAAUUGUACAUAGCGGAUCGUGAUUCUCAUCGAGUAAACUCUAUCAGAAUUGUCGAUUCCUCCGGGAAGAUGUCACAUUUUGCAGGCCAACAGCAAGAGAGACUGCGCGGCCAAUGCGAGUGCAACAAUACUACGCCCAGUACCAAAGACAUGGAUACGUGCACCUGCAUGGAUGAUACUAGCAGUACUGAAACGCUCCUUUCGUCGAAUGCUAAAUUCAUUGCAAUAUCGGCUCUGGCCGUUUCACCGGAUGGUAUCUUGCACGUGGCUGAUCAGGGCAGCCUUCAUAUCUUGGCUCUUCAACCCUAUCUUCCGAAUCACGAUGAAAACGGGGAGUUCCGCAUUCCAUUCCCGCCUUCAAACGAGAUUUAUGUGUUUAAUCGCUACGGCCAACAUAUCUCGACGAAGGACUUAACGUCUGGAAAGACUCGCUAUUCCUUCCUGUAUAGCAAGAAUACGAGUUUCGGCAAAUUGUCUACGGUAACGGACAGCGCGGGCAAUAAGAUCCAAUUCUUACGAGAUUAUAGCAGUGUCGUUAGUUCCAUCGAAAAUACACAGGACCAUAAAUCCGAAUUGAAAAUUUCUGCGGUUGGAUUCCUGGAGAAAUUGUCCGAACGCGGCAGAGCAGAGAUUGCUUUGGGUUACGACGGGUCAACCGGUUUGCUCACCAGUCGAUCAGGAGGAGAUGAAACGUACAUUUACAAUUACGACAAUUUAGGCCGUGUCACCGAUGUAAUACUGCCGACAGGCGAGAAAUUGAAAUUAUCAUCAGACUUGUCUGAUGACGAAGGUCUAUUGGUUAAAGUGUCUGCUCCAUUGCAAGCGUUAUCGAAAGGCGAUAAACAGCGAACCGUAGAAUUUGAGAUGAGAAACGAAAAAUCAAAGAUGUUGACAAUCACUGACGGUACCAAACUCAUGAAAGCAAUUGCAUUUACGAAUAGCAGUCUGGAAGUACUUUUGCCUGGUGGCGGUAGAGUACUGAGCGCGGCGAUGACAAAACAUCCACUAUUGAAACCAGCUUUGCCGGUAGAAGCAGAGAUGUUGCCUAUGUGGAGUUAUCAACUGAUGUCAUUGGGUGAAUUAACAAACACCAUGACGACGACAUACAACCUAGUCGGAGAAGUUAGCCAUCCACAGCAAACGCUCAAUAGAGAGAUUUGGGUGAACGAUACGCGAGUGAUAAGCGUCGAAUUCGAACAGGCAUUAAGCCGUGAGACGUUCUACGAUAAAAUGGGAACUCCUUUGUUAACGGUGACCUUUGACCAGGCCGGCUUACCCUUGAUCUGGCAACCGUACGAGCAGGGUCACAAUCUCAGCAUCACGUACGAUCGAUUCAACAGGAUUGAUAGCUGGAAAUGGGGUGCCUCCGACGAGUCCUACGGCUAUGAUCGACACGGCCAAUUGGCAGAAAUCACUAAUAGCAAGGACGGCACGAAAAAAUACACCUACAAUGACUUUAACAUGCUGUCGAAGAUCACGCUUGCCAGUAACAGACAGUUCUCGUUGCAAUACGACGAUGAUGGUGGACUGCGACAUAUCAUUCUACCUUCGGAAACUAAGCAUUCCUUUUCUUGUCAGGCUUCCCUUGGCUUCCUCAGAGUGACUUACACUCCACCCGGUAGUACCAGAGCUUAUCUACAGCACUAUAGUCACGACGGAAACUUGCUGCAAACCGUGUUUCCAGGAGACGGAGCUCGUAUCGUCUAUAGAUAUCACACCUCAGGUCAAUUAGCGGAAGUCGUUCACGGCGAUGGCAAGAGUGAGAUCAGAUAUACGGAAAGUGGACUACCUUCCGAGGUGAUACACUCCGAGAGGGACGUGGAAUAUAAGUGGGAUUAUCAAUAUAGCGCGGGACUUCUGGUGGAAGAGCGUAUAGAUUUCGGCGCCAAGACUGGUCUGAGUAACGCCAAAUUUACAUUCGAAUACGAUUCAAACUUCCGCUUGAUCGCGGUGCAAGGUAGAAUAGGUGGUCAGACUUUACCACCGCACACGAUGGCUUACAGUCCCAGAUCAGGCAUGCUGGAACAGAUCGGCCAAUUCAAAAUAACAAGACCGCAGUCAAACGAGACGACUGUGUUUGACGGUACCGCGCUGUUCUCGCGCACCACAGACGAUCGGUUCCUGGAGACUCAAGUCACAGUAACAAUUCAUCGAAUGGAGGUAUUCAGAAUGGAGUUCACGCACGAUUCGCGCGGUCGCAUCAAUCAGACAAGAACAUACACGCGCAACGUCGCCGUUAACACGUACACUAAUGUAAAGAACUACACAUGGGACUGUGACGGUCAGUUAACCGGUGUGGAAGCGCAGGAACCAUGGGGUUUCAAGUACGAUGCUAAUGGUAACAUGUUGUCGCUCACAUAUCGAGGUAACACGAUUCCGAUGGAGUACAACGCUAUGGACCGAAUAGUCAAGUUCGGUGAAGGUCUCUACAAGUAUGACAACCGGGGUCUGGUAGUACAGAAUGCAAGAGAGGAAAGGUUCAAUUACAAUGCUAAGGGUCUUCUCGUGCGCGCCACCAAACGUGGUCGCUUCGACGUACGAUAUUAUUAUGAUCAUCUGGAUCGUUUAGCUACGAGAAAAGAUAAUUACGGCAACGUUACGCAAUUUUUCUACAACAAUCAGAAACGGCCACACGAAGUGAGUCAAAUAUACAGCCCGCGUGAUGGUAAACUAAUGUCGCUAGUCUACGACGACAGAGGACAUCUUAUAUACGCACAAGUAUACCGGCACAAAUAUUACAUUGCCACUGAUCAAUGCGGUACACCUAUUAUGAUCUUCAACCAGUACGGCGAAGGCAUCAGAGAAAUCAUGCGUUCACCUUACGGCCACAUCGUUUAUGAUUCGAAUCCAUAUCUUUAUUUACCGGUCGACUUCUGUGGAGGACUUCUAGAUCAGGUCACUUCCCUCGUUCACAUGCCAAACGGUAAGGUUUAUGACCCCCUGAUAGGACAGUGGAUGUCACCGCUCUGGGAGAAUGUUUUGGAUCGUGUAGACAAGCCGACGCAUCUACAUCUUUAUAGAUUUAAUGGAAACGAUCCGAUCGACGUUAGACACACUGACAGAACGAGUCAACCAACCGAUCACAUAUCAUGGCUGUCGCAUCUCGGAUACGAUCUCAAGAGUUUAGCGCCACAGCUAUUCCCGGACGAGCUGCCGGAAAGUCUCGUUCCGCGAGCUCUCGGCCCGGGAACCUCUAUAUUCGGUAAGAAGAAAAGAACGCGCAAUCUGGGUGUUCAGUCCGGUUUCCUCGCGUACAUCGCUCAGAGGCAUUCAGGCGACGCUGUAAGUUUAUCCGCGCCACCGCGCUCGGCCUUGAAGAAGGACACAAGUGAAUUAAUACCCAGCCGCUUGGGUGCGGCAUCCGAUCCACCAUUUGGUAAGGGUAUCUUGGUGUCAAGGACUGCCGAUGGCCAGGCGGUGGUAUCCAGCGUGCCUAGCGCUAACGCUAUUUACGGCGACGUAUUCACAUCCGUGUUUAAUCGCUCAUACUUCCUGCCAUUUACGUUUGUUGUGCAUAGCGCGCAACAGGAUGCCUUUUAUUUCGUCAAAGAGGAAACUUGGCGCGCAAGCGAAGAUCGCGGCCAGCUGAAACGGCUAGGUGGUCAGGUGAACACGACGUUCCACGAGAACGAGAAUGGCAGUGGCAGCAGCUCACUGAUCGAUGUGAAGAUACAUGGCGCUAGCUACGUGGUGAAUUUGCGCUACGGUACCACGGCAGAAAAGGAGAAGCAGAGGUUAUUACAUCAUGCGAAGGCAACCGCCAUCAGGAAGGCAUGGCAUCGAGAACGCGAGGCCCUCAAAACGAAUACUCCCACAUCCGUCGAGUGGAUGGUCGCCGAGCAAGAUGAGAUACUAAAGGUCGGCCUCGCGUCUAACUACGAGGGCGAGUACAUACACGACGCGCAACAGUAUCCCGAACUCGCGGAGGACCCUUACAACAUCAGGUUCGUAAAGAAGGCCGUCGACCAGUCGAGCAAAAAGCGACGCAGGAGGAGAGGCGUGCCGUCCUGUAAGCUUUGGUGGUUAGACAAGAUGUGCUAGAGCGACUUGAAAGUCAGCCUAUCGUCCCUUCGCACGGGGACAUUGUCCAGUAUCGAAGCCGCGGGAAUGAACUUUCGAGUGAGCAACAUCGGAUAUAGAGAUAGAAAGAGGAAAGGAAACCGUAAACGUGAAAGUCGACGAAGGGGUUAAAGAAAUGCCGCUGUAGCACGCCGUAGCGCGGCGUCCGUAUAUAUGCACGCGCAUAUAUAUAAACGUACUGAACACUAUCAAAAAGUUUUAUACCAAAGUCUAUUUGUGUAUUUCAAAGAUGCCAAAAACACUAUAACGUUAUAUUAUAUAUAAUAUAUUAUAAAUAUAUAUAUAUAUAUAAAUAUACAUACCCCAGGUGGUAUAGGGUACGUAGAGUGUAAGAGAGCAUUAAACGCACGCGGAGGAACGCGGGUUUUACCGAGUAUUCGCUCCACGGACCAGCUGCGCGACCGAUCCGCGAUUGGCAGAUCCGCGAAAGCCUUAUAAGCGACGACGGGAAAGGAAAUGAGAGGAUAAGAUUCGGGAGAGAGUACAUUGGAUUCCGAGCUGCGUGAGCUUGGAAAGAGGGAAAAGGAACAUUGCGAGAUUCCUUCUCCAAGGAGUUCGACGCUACGUGAACGCAGCUCGAGCUCGUUGCCAGCUUGCAGGUUCGAUUUAAAUUCCAAGAUAUAGAGUUCUCUAAUUACGUUCGUGCGAGGCAAGGCCGGCAAGCUCGUGGAGCUUGCGCUCGAGGCCUAAAGUAAACGGCGGAUUGUGAUACUGCGCGUGUAAAUCGUGCACGCUCGACGGUACACCGCAUACAAGGUAAUUAUAGUUAUGUCGCGAGGAAGAUAAAGAAGAGAGAAGAGGAGAGAAUCGGAAAAGAGGCCAUUCGUAGUUGAGAACGAGAAGAGAGCGAGUAAGAGAAACUAGUCAAUAUAUAGCUUUACAUUGACAUAGCAACCUUCUUCGGCGUAGAAUAAAUGCGAGGAGAAUGCGAAUCGGAAGAAGCGAUGUUGUUGACGACGACAUUGACGUGCGUUUGCCCUGCCGAUGAUAUUUUAACGUCGUACUUAGAAAAAAAUAACGGCGGGUGUAAUAUAAAUAUGGUAUUCGCGCGAUGACGAAUACGACACGGAAAGCGACAGCAAGCAUGGAAACGAAUACAGAACGUACAGGACGUGUCUCAACCAUGAAUGGCCUUGAUAGAGGACCGAGCAAGAGGAACCGGGGGAAGAGAGGAGGUGAUCCUUACGAUGUCCUCGAAGAAGACUAGGAGCCAGCGAUCGUGCGGACUCGAUCGUGCGGCCACGAGCUUGAAUUCCGUUCGCGGUUUUAGGCAAUUAAGGACGAGACGAAUUUGUAUUAUAAAGUGGUGCUUUUCUUGUAUGGCGAGAGAAUGAGAAAGAGUGAAAGAGCAAAGGAAUGAGAGGAUCAGUCGAUGAUCGAGCGAGGAUGAGCAUGCAUGAGAUCGUCGAAUACCAAUAGCGAGACUAAACGUAUUUUUAACAUGUGGGUGUGUCCUAUCUGUAGCGUAAGCGCUCACCGAUCGGUCGCCGAUCGUGUAAUACUGUAAUCUAUAUCGCAUUGUCGUGCGCGCGAAUGUGCGGGAAGAUAGUCACUCAGGAUCGACGGUGUGAGGUACACUCCGUGAUUUCCCAAAGAUUGCGGAGGGAAAUGCGAGCCAGGCGUGCGAGCCGAUGUCUACGUACAGCCGGAAACGGAAGAAAUUUAAAAGAGGGAGAGAGAUAUAAACUCAUUAUCGGUAAAAAUAAUACGUAUACAAUAUCGCAUAUUUGUGCUUGCUGGAUAUGAACAUAACGGACAUUAACUAUGUUUCCUCACCGAGAGUACUAAAUAUGUGUAUCCAAAAUUACUGCCCGCCAAGUAACGAUCGUUUCGCCUGUGUAUAUGUGUGUGCAUGUGUAUGUGUGUGUGUAUGUGUGCGCGCCGAUCGUUCGCGCACAAAAGCCCAUGUACGUGCAUCGAACCACCCUUAGCGUCGGAAAUCCCUCUCAUUAUCACCCGUCAAUUCUCCUCCUUCUCCCCUUCCUCAUUUCCCUCCGCCCUCCGUCCCCAUGAAGACUCCGGAUCUGUCGAUUUAUCGCACGUAUUGUUUGUUCGCAUCUCCACGAACGUUCGUACUCGCCAUUGAUAUUUUGCAACGCGGCUUUAGAAAUGGUGCCGUUUAUGGAUAGUUAGUGGCACAACGACAUUGCUGUCUGAAUAGAUGAAGAAUAAAGAAAUGUUAUCUAUAUGCUGAGUGUAUAAAAAAUAUAUAUAUAUAUAUAUAGAAUGGGAGAGAAAGAGAGAGAGAGAGAGAAUGAAUGAAUGAAUGAAUGAAUAGAAAGAAAAAGAGAUAUAUAAGGAAGCUUUGUAACGUAUUUUUAACUCUGGCGAGUGUUUAGACCUAUACUACCCGAACAGUGCGAGAUCGUAAAAGACGAAAAAUAUCCAAAGGACAUCUGAAAGAUUAGACAUCUUUCAUGGCUUCUUUUACGGUGUCGUGUUGCCUGGGCAAUUUUAAACCGCGGUCCAAGACGAGUUCCUCCUAUAUCGGAGGCACGCGCGCUCGCGCGUGCCGACGAGGCCGCAAAAGCGAGUCUUUUUGUAUAUUUUAUCGUCCUCGUUCGCACGCGCGAAACGACGACACGCGAAAACGGAGAACUCGCUAAAAUUGCGCCGUGAAUAUCUUAUCCCCGCGCGUGUGUUCAUCAUCGCGUUCCCUCGCGAACGGCCGCGCGAACAGGCUCGAUCGUCGAGCCGCAUUCCUCCCUCGCUUAUCUAAGCGUAACUGAUACACACACAUUAUAUUUCGCUUUGUUUUAACUUUAUCUUUAGAAAGCACUCACGUAUGGAAAUAACGAAAAUGUUGGAACUGUAUUAAUCUCGAAUAAUUUACUCUGUGACUUAAAUUCGAUUUCUUAGAGGCAAUCGCUUUAGAAUCGUUCAAAUUUAUUAAUAACAAUAAUGACAACCCUCGGCUAUAUCGGUAUAUUUAUCUAGCGUUCAUAACUAAUAAUGAAGCAGCUACUGUCUCUUCUUUCAGCAGUGGUGGUAAUUUCGCGAGGGUAAUAUUCGAGGGUAAUUUCCGUUAAUCUUCCGAGGGCUUCUGCUUUCUCUAGAUAAGCGAAAUAGGAGUGCUUCGACAUUCGUGUCACAUCUAAACACUCAUCGUUUCCCCUUGGCCAGCCAACUCCUCCUCACAUCCGCUUUCCCUACUGCUCCCUCACAUUGCCCUCACACUCUUGAUCUUUAACCGUAUUAUCCACUGUUGGACCCGGCAACGGUGCGUUCAAGAAGAAUCGACUAUUUUUUAAAUAUCACGUGUCAAAUUAAUGAGCGGGCCAGGUAACCGCGAUAUAUAAUGUCGUACGGGCAAGGCCUCAAAAAAAUAAAAAAAACUCGAAUCGAGGCCCCGAUCCCCCGUCUCACGCGAUUAUAAUAUUAGAAAAGAAAAAUUCACUCUCUAACUUCCGUGAAGUUUCAUCUCUCGUUUUUGCGAACUCGUUCCAAACUCGUUCGUCCCCCACGAUCGCUUGCGGGGGAUCGCGACAACUCCACGUACUUCUCUAAAUAAAUAAAGAAAAAAAGGAAAAAACGAAGUAGAACGCGCGAA